AUGGAUGAGGUCAUGUCUAUUGUUAGCUUACGUGCAGUGAUAUUGAACGAUAAUGAGAUUGCUUCAGUUUGCAGACUUGAACCUCUGAGAGACUUGAACACUCUUGUUCUUUCUAGAAAUCCGAUCCGUGACAUUGGUGAUUCUCUGAUGAAGGUGAAAUCUAUCACAAAGCUUUCUCUCUCCCACUGCCAACUUCAAACUAUACAGUCUUCACUCAAGUCCUGUAUUGAACUGAAAGAGCUCCGUCUUGCUCAUAACGAUAUUAAGGGUCUCCCAGCCGAGUUGGCUCUUAAUAAGAAACUCCAGAAUCUGGACUUGGGGAAUAAUGUGAUCACAAGAUGGUCCGAUCUGAAGAUUAAAAGAAUAUUGCCGAACCUGCACGUAUUCAAUGCAAGACCAAUAGAUAAAUACAUCACCAAGAAUGAAAAGGGUGCUGGAGUUGAUGAAGUUGAUGAUUCUUCACUUAAUGCUGCUAACAAGCAAGAAAAUCAAACAGAAAAGGAAAAAGAUAGAGACUUCAAAGAUCUUAUGAUGGCUGGAACUAAGGGUGGUAUUGGUAAGCUUGAAAACUCUAGUGAUUCUGAUACGAAGAAAUUGAAACCGAAAAAGCAGAAACUAGAUGACAAUGUCUCAAACCACGAAGUUUUGGUCCAGGGGGAUGAAAAAAGAGAUCAUGUCAAGAAAAAGAGCUACAGACAUCAGGUGUUAAAUGAAAAUGAUCCUAGUAAUCUUCAAAAAGCUGGGGAUUUGGAGAAGGAAUCACAGAAAAAGAAGCAGAAAAAGAAUCCACUCCAUACCGAAGAUAAUACCAAGGUUGGGAAAAAACUAGAGAAAGCAAAGGUGAAACAACAAGGUGAACUUGAUGUUAUUGAUGAUGCAGACACACCAUUUUUGGAGCUUUUUUCUGUUAACAUGGGAGAUGCUGAGGUUGGUGGUGAAAACAAAGUUAAUGACAAGGUCAGUGAAGAGGCGAAUUGGUUGGGUGGCUUAGUAACCUUCCCUUCUAAGAGGAAAAAAGCUAAAAACCGCGGCACUGGUUCUACACUACAUCCAUUGCCUGUGGAUGAAAUUGGAACAGGCGGACCAUCAACAUGGGGUGAUGACUAA